UCCUUCUGUCGCAUUGACGUUUCGGGCAUCCGAUCAACUUGUACCUCGUUCCACACAUUUUCCCGCCGGGAUUCACGCAGUCACCAUGAUGAACACUCUGAACCAACAGUACGAGGAGAAGGUGCGUCCCUGCAUCGACCUCAUCGACUCUCUUCGCUCUCUGGGAGUAGAGAAGGACUUGGCGCUGCCUGCUAUCGCCGUGAUCGGAGACCAGAGCUCGGGGAAGAGCUCCGUGUUGGAGGCGCUGUCGGGGGUGGCUCUGCCAAGAGGGAGUGGCAUUGUGACGAGAUGUCCUCUCGAGCUGAAGAUGAAGAGAAAGAGAGAAGGAGAAGCGUGGUACGGGAAGAUUAGCUACAAGGGCCAUGAAGAAGUUAUAAAAGACCCAGCAGAUGUGGAAAAAAUGAUUCGAGAAGCUCAGAAAACAUUGGCAGGGGUCGGGGUUGGGAUCAGUGAUGACCUCAUCAGUCUAGAGAUCGCCUCUCCUGAUGUUCCUGACCUGACCCUCAUUGACCUGCCCGGCAUCACCAGGGUGGCUGUAAAGGGACAGCCUGAGAACAUUGGAGACCAGAUAAAGAGACUGAUCCAGAAGUUUAUAACAAAACAAGAGACCAUCAGCUUGGUGGUUGUUCCAUCCAACGUGGACAUAGCAACCACAGAGGCUUUGAAGAUGGCACGGGAGGUGGAUCCUUCUGGAGACAGGACUUUGGGUAUCUUGACCAAGCCUGACCUGGUGGACAAAGGCACAGAGGAGACAGUGGUUGAUGUUGUCCGUAAUUUUGUCAUCCAUCUGAAGAAGGGCUACAUGAUCGUCAGGUGCAGGGGUCAGAAGGAGAUCACUGACAGGGUGACUCUUACUGAUGCUAUAAAGAGAGAAAAAGCCUUCUUCCAGGAUCAUGCCCUUUUCAAGGUUCUCUACGAUGAAGGCCAUGCAACGGUUCCUAAACUGGCAGAAAAACUCACCCUUGAGCUUGUGCAUCAUAUCCAAAGAACUCUACCUCACCUGGAAAAGCAGAUAGAGAUGAAACUAACAGAGACCCAGGAAAAGCUUGAUAAAUGUGGCAGCGGACCCCCACUCGAUGCAGCUGAGAAACUCGGUUUUCUCAUUGACAGAGUGGCAGCGUUUACAAAGGAUGCUAUCAGCUUCAGCACCGGGGAAGAAAUCCAAUUUGGAGAACCACUCAAUAUCUUUGCCACACUCCGAAGACAGUUUGCGGGUUGGAAAAAUACUAUAGUAAAAUUUGGAAGAAUAUUUAACCAGAAGAUUAAGAAAGAAGUGAAUCAGUACGAAAAGAGGUACCGUGGGAGAGAACUACCGGGUUUCAUAAACUACAAGACCUUUGAGGACAUGGUCAAGGAGCAGAUUAAAAAGCUGGAAGUUCCGGCUGUGCUGAAGCUCAAGGAAGUGACAGACCUUGUGAUGAAAGAGCUGUUUGAGUUGGCACAGAGCAGCCUUGUUGGAUUUCCUAAUCUCAUCAAAAUUGCUCAGGUGAAGAUCAACACCAUCACAAAGGAGAAGGCGACUGCAGCAGAGUCCAUGCUGAAGACUCAGUUUAAGAUGGAAAUGAUUGUCUACACUCAGGACAACAGAUACAGCAAGAAGCUGGUGAAGCGCAAGAGGGAUGAAGAUAAGCUUUGUUUGAAAUUCAGCAAUGACAGUGGGGCCACCCUGAGAGAGAUGAUUAAACACCUGCAGUCUUACUACAAAAUUGCUGGUCAGCGGCUGGCUGACCAGAUCCCGCUGAUCAUCCGCUACCAGGUGAUGCAGGAGUCUGCCGUCCAGCUGCAGAGGGAGAUGCUGCAAAUGCUGCAAAACAAGGAGAACACAGAGCUGUUCCUUCAUGAGGACUGUGGCAUAAAAACAGAAAGAAUCCGCCAUCAGAAUUGCAUAGAGCGAUUGUCAGCGGCACGAAUUCUGUUAACUGACUUUAGUCUGAACACAUCCAACUUCAACCAAGGGCGUAGGUUUGGUCCCAAGCAGGGAAGCUACACAACAACCCACCCAGUACCCCCCACAUCCACCGCCGUGAUGGCAACUGCUGCGAAGAGCAAAAAUGCACAAAAUUCUGACAGCUAAAUGGUUAAUUGACAAUUUAGAUCUGUAUUUACAUUUCAACAAAGUAUACACAGAUCAAAGACUAAAAUAAAGCAAGAUUUUUGGAACGGACUUUCUAAUGGAAAUGAGAAAAUAAAAACAUAAUGUUUCUAUUUUCAGCAUCCAACAUCCACACUCAAAAGGUUUACCUAAAUUCUGUGUAUUAGUGUAUUAACUCAAUUCCUUUUCUAUUUUGUAAUAUUCCUUUUUUAUUUAUUAUAAAUAGUGCUGCAAUCCCCUACCAAAGGCUUGCACAUAGCUGGUAGUUUGAGAGGCAGUUUUGGCAUAAACGUAUGAUUUUAUUUUUCAGCUCGGCACAUACAUUCAUGGUUGUGGAGAGGUUUAUUAUUUGUUACAUUGGGUUUUACAUUGUUAUCCAAAUGAACAAGUUAUGUUUUUAGUACAAUAAAUAAAGUAGAAAUCUUAUUGAAACCGCACGUUACUUUCAAAAUACAGUUUAAGCCCAGUCAUCAUAACAAGAAACAGAAAAAUUGAACCAACAUGCUGAUGCUCAAAGCAUAUUGUAUUUGUCAGUGUGUUACAGAAGACAUGGCAUUCAAUGUAAGUUGUAGCUCUCAAACUACAAAGGUUUAUCCGGGUUUGUUUGUGCAGAUUAACUGUACUACAUAUAUAUAUAUAUGUCGGUUAAAAGCAUUAUUAACAACGUUAAUGCAAACCCAUUUUAACAACGUCAAUUUUUUUAUUGUGAAAUUGGCGUUUUCUUAGGGGGGCGGAUGGAUGACUGCUGUUUAACUGCACUAGGCUGUGUCCUUGUUUACCUGAAAUCUGCACUUUAUUAUUUUAUUUUGUACCGCACUGUUUGGUAAUGUUGUUUUUCAGUAAAAUAAAACAUUUGCAUUAAGCAAGCCCAUCCACUUUUCCAUGUACAUAAGAAAAUUAAAAUUAAUUAAAUUUUUAAUUAAAAUUAACAAAAGAUAUGGGAAAAAAUAAAGGAAGGGACAUUUAGAUUUUGAUCCUGAAAAUUAUCCACACACCGGGUUGUGUGACCUCUUCAGUCAAGUCUGAACGCAGUGAUUCGUUACUCUUGAUCAACCUUUAGGGACACAUGCUGUUUCUUCAGGAGGACUGUAUCUUAAUUUGCAAAUGACUUUAUUUUAUAUUUCCUUUGUGAUUGAGUAAAAGCAGAAGUUAAA